GCCUGGGGGUAGAGAUCAGUGACAAAAAAGGAGACUCAAAGGAAAAGUAUUAGAUGCUCCACAGUCAAUAGGAUAGUAUUUGCAUCGCACGAUGCACAGUUUUAAUGACUGUGUUUGUUAUUAAUCACAGGCUACAUCUGGAAAGUAGUGCUGUAAAUCUGACCCGUUUGAGGAUGCCUACAGCUGUCAACCUGGACAGAACAUUGCCAGAACGGGAGAAAACCAGCAGGAAUAUACCGAUACCUGUUUGCUUUAGCAAGAUUCCCCAAGAGGCUGGGAAGAAUUUCCCUCACACCAAACAAGUCGGGACUUAUCUGGUGGGCAAAAUGAUCAACAAGGGUUCUUUUGCCAAGGUGAUGGAAGGCUUACACAUCCUCACAGGGGAGAAGGUAGCCAUAAAAGUCAUUGACAAGAAAAAAGCCAAGCAGGACUCCUACGUUUUAAAAAAUAUGAAGCGUGAACCUCGGAUACACCAGAUGAUUAAGCAUCCUCAUGUUGUUCAGCUAUAUGAGACCUUGGAGACUGAAAACUCCUAUUACAUGGUGAUGGAACUGUGCCUAGGUGGAGACCUCAUGGACAGAAUCUGUGACAAAAAGAAGCUGGAGGAAAAGGAAGUGAGAAAAUACACCCAGCAGAUCAUGGCAGCAGUCGAACACCUGCAUCGCCAUGGGAUUGUCCACAGAGACCUGAAAAUUGAAAAUUUUCUUCUUGAUGAAAACAACAACAUCAAAAUAGUUGAUUUUGGACUGAGCAAUGCUAUAAAGUUUGAGGGUCUCUCUCAGGAACUGCUAAAUACCCAAUGUGGAAGCCCAGCUUAUGCAGCCCCAGAACUCCUAGCUCAUAAGAAUUAUGGCCCAAAGGUGGAUGUCUGGUCCAUUGGUGUUAGCAUGUUUGCUAUGUUAACUGGCACAUUGCCCUUCACAGUGGAACCAUUUAAUAUCAAGCAACUACAUCAAAAGAUGGUCACUGGUGAAAUCAGCCCCAUUCCACCAGAUAUCUCCCCAGGAGCUGUACAUUUCAUUCAUUCCUUACUUGAACCUGAUCCAGCAAGGCGGCCUUCAGUUAAAGAAGCAAUGAAAGACAAAUGGCUGAAUGAAGGAUUCAUUAGAAAACCACUGAAUUCCAUUACAUAUAAAAAUAGACUUUACCCUGAGGAACUGAACCCUGUGGUUCUAAAUUACAUGACAAAAACAAUGGAGCUCAGUCUUUCAGAAGUCAUCAACAUUUUAAUAAACAACAGACCAUCUUCUGUCAUGGCUUCAUAUUGCUUAUUGCUCAGGAAGUUGAUGAGUUAUCAAAAAGAACAAAAGACAAUGAAGUGGGAAAACAUAGUAGAAAAAUGCAAUGGUAAGCCUCCUAAACAUAUGACUCAAGAGUCAGAUAUUCAGAUUUUCCAAAAGGCAAAAGUGGCUACAACAGAAGGUCCAAAGAACUGUGACGAUAAGACAUUUCCUUCUGCAUUAACCCCAGCAAUGCCAGAUGCCAUUAAAGAAGAUGAAAUUGCAAUUACACUGGAAAACCAAGAAAACGUCUUAGAAGUUUCCAAGUUUGCAGACAGAGAACUGGUUCACCUUGAGCCUCCUAAGUCACCAAAUCAAACUGGUUUAUGUGAGCCAAUAAAGCAUCCACCUGUGUCUCUGCAAGAGAAUAUGGAUGAUUCUGAAGAGUUAGCUGAAGUUGGGAAAGCCAGUCUUCCUGAGAAACUACCCCCUGCAUUAGUACAGAAUCAAGCACAUUCUGCAAACCACCAGGUUCAAAGGUCCACAAUGUCAUUCACAAGUAAAGUCACACCACGAUCCCUAACAGAAAAUAGAAUAGUAGGCUGGAGCACCGUGCCCCAUCAGGACACAAGAUUUAAAGACCUUCUGAAAGCAGCGGAUGACAACAUUCCAACCCCGACAUGGCGACACCCAGGAAAAGAAAGUCCUAAUCGAUUAAUGAUUAAAUCUCCACAGCUUUCCCCUUUACCCAGGCUGAGACAAGCUGCCCUGCGAGACACCAUAGUUAAAAAGUUUUCCUGGAUGAGAUCAUCACAACAAACAAGUGGUCCCCCUCCUUUUCUGAUCAACGCUUCCAAACCUCCAAUUUUCCCUAUGCCCCAACAACAAACAUUUAUGGUAAGAAGUUUGAAGCAAUCAAAAGAAAACCCAAGCAACUUGCUUAACACGAAUAAGAGAAACUUGGUCCAACUCAAGAAUACGCAUAAAACUACAGAUCUAAAUCUUCCAGUAUUAUCUCCACCUUAUCAAACUAGAUCAGAAAAAAAGUCAGAGAUUUUUAGGUUAGAUCUUGCAUAAAUAAAACACAUGCACAGCAGCAUUAGAAAAUGAAAGGGAGUGCUAUGAUUAAGAGAAAGUGGAGCCAAAUCUUAAAAAUAGCAAGAGCUAUAAACUUUCCAUAAAAUAUAAAGCUUUUAAGUGCAAUAUCAUAAGGCUUUUUGCAAGAUUUGCAGAAAGCAUCAAAGGUGUAGAAAAUGGGAUGCUGCCAUGAAGAACACCUAUCUGAUAAAUUCAGGCCCAAAAAUUGAGAAUGUGGGCAAUAUAUAUGAUUUUGAAUUUUGCUUUUGACAUACAUACUUUGAUCCAAGCUGUGGAUGAUUUUGUUAAUGCGUGACAUGCAGAAAAAAAGAACUGUUGAGUCCAUUUCUUUCUCCUACUUGACUACAAUGCAAAUGUAAAUGGACAGCUAAAGUGAUGGAAGAUUUUAAAAAAAUCUGCCUUAACAGACUAAAGAUAUUGCUAAACCAGGCAAGGAAUUUUUUGCUUUUAUCUAUGGAAUAUUUAGUCAUUAAUCUUUUAAUUUCACUGUCCCCUGGAUCUGACAGAAAGCCAAGGUUUUUGCAUUUAUAAUUCAUGUUAUGACUGCACACUGGAAGACAGAAGAUAAAAUUUGUCCCUAAAUAUUGAAAACAUUCGUUCGUUUAGAUUUUUCUAUAUUUUUUUCUUUUUGUCAGACUUUGAGCCCACAUUUGCUCUCAUGCCAGUUUUAUAACAGCUACCUCCUUGCAGUUGAGUGGAUUUAAUUUUGAUUGACACAUGUAAGUGAGAGGAAAAUCAGUCCCUUCCUAUUUCUAGCUUUGAAAUCAAUGUUAAUACCUCUCACAUGGAUAAGUAGAAGAUGACAACAGACUUAUAAAUUUGUAUUUGGAAUGAACUGGGUGCCAUCUUAUUGAGAUUUACUAUCCCCUAUUUCUAUGAACAAAUUUAUGGUGGCCAGUGUUGAUGGCCAUACAGAAAAAAAACCUGUAAGUCUUGGGCAGCAGACAAUGAAAAAGAAGGACUUUGACUUUUAACUACUUUAUUCAGGGGUUCAGGGAUACAAAAAGGUUGGCCGCUUACAAAGCAAGAAACAAACAAAUUUUUAUCAAACCAAGAACACCAUGUCACUGCAUUCAUCACAUCACACCAUGACAGACACCUUCGCUACAUUCCACGUCGUGUCUUACAUGCUAGUUAUGCAGUCGGAGUGCCGGCCACAUGGUCAUAACUAUAAAUAAACAAUUCGUACCCUGCUUUAUCCAAUCAUACAUGUGACAACACCUUCAACUUCCCACACAAAAAGAAAGCAAAAAAAGCAGCCUGGUGAGGGCCCAGGAUGCAGCACAAGCUGGAAGUCGUAGUCCGACACCAAGCCACCCCAGUCGCCCAGACCGGUCAUGACAUCAGAGCGCAUAUUUGAGACGGCCAUCCUCCACAUGGCACAGCACUCCCUCAAAGACCCAGCGUGUCUCAAAGGUGGGCACUGCCCGCCAGAGCACAGCAUACUCAAACUCCAGCGAGAGGCAUGCCUGUACCAGGAGGCAGAAAAGGUGCAGGGCAUUAUCUGAGCCAGUCCCAGCAAGCCAGUUUCUGCAGCUCCUGAGGACGGCCAUCUCAGCCUUGUUACCAAAUUUGCCCAUUACUUUGGGGUGUGCUCAUUUAUUAAAGGAUAGUUUCUAGGGUC